AUGGCAGCCAAGCUCGAUUCCCAGCUGCUGGGACUCGUGUUCCAAAGCCGACCCGACAUUUUGAAGGGCAUCCAAGAAGCUGCUGACUCUCCCGCGCGCAUCGAUCUUUUCAACAACAUCGCAUCUUUUGUGUACGAGAGGAUAGCGGACAACACAUCCGAAGAACCAGCCACCAAGAGGAGGCGUGUCGAAGCACAAACAAGCGGUCCCAAUGGCGCAGCUCACCCGAUUGCGGGCUCACAAGCAGCAGUGCUCGGUGCAGACGCCGCCGCCGCCGAGCCAGUACUCCUAGAGAUCAAGGACAUUUCCGUCUCUGUGCCCCAGCGCAAGAAGUACGACUUGUGCUUUACCAAGAACUUUCUCUAUGCUCGCGCUUCAGGCUCUCCGGUGCCUGUACAAGGCAUUGUGUACCCAUGGAAAGACAUUGAACACGCCUUCUACCUCCCUGUACCCGACAAAUCCCAAGUCCAACACAACUACGUGCUCCUCCCGCGCAACAGCUACCUACCGACCACCAAGUCCCAACAAUCCGCCGACCAGCAGACCCAACAACAAACCACUGCGCCGCUCGAGCCACUCGUGUUUACCAUCCCCUCCACUGCGCCCAAGUCAGGCACCAUCACUGGUCCGUCCGCCGGCGCCGCCGCCCCCGUCUCCGACAGCUACGCGACACUCUUCCACUGGGCUCUGACAACGUCUUUGCACGCGGCGGGCAACCACGCGUGCGAGCUCGUGUCGUCCGAUCCCAAGGUGUUCCACUCGGUGGCGCGCCAGGCGUACUGCCCACAGGAGAAGGCGGUGCACGUCAAGGCGUUCCGCGGCAGCAAGGACGGGUUUCUGUUCUUUUUGCCGACGGGCAUCCUGUGGGGGUUCAAGAAACCGUUGCUCUUCUUGCCGCUGGACAAGAUUGUGGCGAUUAGUUAUACGAGCGUGUUGCAAAGGACGUUCAACAUAGUAGUGGAGCUGGAAGGAGGAGAAGGGAGUGAAGAGGGAGGGCAGGAGAUUGAGUUCAGCAUGCUGGACCAGGAGGAUUAUGCAGGGAUUGAUCAGAGUUAUGUGAGGAGACAUGGGCUGGCGGAUCGCAGCAUGGCGGAACAGAGGAAGGCGAAGAAGCAGCUGGCGGAGAAUGCGAAGAAGGCUGCGGCCAAUGGCGAAGAAGGCGAGGGUGGUGAGGGCGGUGAAGCUGAUGAUGGCUUGACGGAGCUGGAGAGGGCGCAGAAGGAAGAGGAGCAGAGGUUACAGGAUGAGGAAGAUGAGGAGGAGGAGGAUUAUGAUCCGGGUAGUGAAGGGGAGAGUGAAGGCUCAGGGUCGAGUUCCGAGGAGGAGGAGGAGGAUGGCGAAGGAGAGGGUGAUGAGGAUGACGAUGAGGAUAUGGGUGAGGGACUGGAGGGUGAAGAAUAAUCGCCUUGAAGUGUCGAGCGUUUUCAGUCAUUCUUCCUGGGAAGGUCCAUCAAAAUGAUAUACCAUUACGAGGCCAAUAUAGAAUUCAUCCCAUUUCAAAUGCUUUCAAAUCGGCCUUUCCUU